AUGGUAGACCAUGAUGAGGGCUCGGAAAUCGAUCCACUCUGCGAUCCAGAAGAAAGGAGGGUCCUAUAUGCCGCCCUCGAUUCAUUCCGACAAUAUCGCCAGGCUGCCCACUAUAACAUCACCCAUCUUCGACGCCAAUCUUUCUAUUCGCUCCCUUCGGCGCACAUGGACUUGCUGGCUUCCGAGCCAUUCAGCUUACCCAAAACUCUGGAUGCUGUGGAUGUGGCCAUCGACGUGAAUGCCGAUAUAGCCGACACCGUUCUCGCCUUGGGGCUCAACAUGUAUGGCAUAGACCCCGAAUCAACCGAAUGGCACGGAGCAGCGACCUCACAGGACAUGGACAAAGUACGCUCAACCAUUCGCCAGCUGUAUCGUGACUGGGCAGCUGAAGGCAUUUCCGAACGAGAGGCAUGCUACAAGCCCAUUCUGGCUGGCCUCAACAAAGCAUUUAAGCAUGUCACUCCGGCCAAGCGCUCUCAUGUGAGUGUACUAGUCCCAGGUGCUGGACUAGGACGUCUGGCUUUUGAAUUGUCUAAUGCAGGCUAUGCUAUGGAGGGCAACGAAAUCUCAUACCAUCAACUCCUUGUCAGCAAUUGGAUACUCAACUACACCUCGGGUCCCAAGUCACACUCUGUCUACCCCUGGGCUCUCGGUUUCUCAAACCAUACGCACCGCUCUCACCAGCUCCAAAAAGUACAAGUCCCCGAUGUAUGGCCAUCCGAAGAGCUGGACAAGAGCUGCAAUGAUCUGCAAGCAGAACUACAUGCUUACCAACGAAUGUCAAUGUCCUCGGGUGACUUCUGCGUCUUAUACAAAGAGCCAAGAUACGAAGCUGCUUUCGACGCAGUCACAACAUGCUUCUUCAUUGACACAGCCCCUAAUCUGAUUGCAUACAUCGAAACCGUCAGGCACUGUAUCAAGCCUGGAGGCGUAUGGGUAAAUCUUGGUCCUUUACUUUGGCACUUUGAAGGCGGCUCGCCCGACAAGAAAAGCUCGUCCUCGUCCGCUUCUUCAGAGGCGGGCAGGGUGAACCAAGACAGAAAUAGAGGCAUUGGCGAGUCUGGUUCUUUCGAGCUCGCUGAUAAUGAAGUCAUCAAGCUGAUCGAACAUCUUGGAUUUCAGAUCGUUGAACAUGAUCCGGUCGUUGGAGAGGCUGGUUACAUACAAGACCCGCGCAGUAUGUUGCAAAAUAUGUACAAGCCCAGCUUUUGGAUGGCCAGGAAAAUAUGA